AUGGCGACGAUACAGACUCCUAGCAAGUACGUCACUCUGGUUUCGGGUGACGGCUUUGAGUUUGUGGUGCUGCGCGAGGCAACCAUGAUCAGCCCCAUCAUCAAGGGCAUGCUCGAGCCAAGAAAAAAUGCUUACCAGGAACCAAUGCGCUGCAGGCCAAUUCGCCGAGGCCAAAGAAGCAAGGUGUAUUUUCCAAGAGAUGAGAACCGCCACGUUAUUGACGGCGGCUGGUUCUGCUCUAUAUUUGCGUCGUCUCUAGAGAUCAACUGCGUGGAGCUAACCUGGUCCGCCAACAGUGCCGUGGUCCUCGACAAGGUGGUUGAGUACUUCCACUACUGGUACCGAUACCGCAACAGCGAAGACGUGCCCGAUAUGGAUAUUCCCGUCGAGAUUUGCCUCGAGGUGCUUGCCGCAGCAGACUACCUGGGCAUGGACCAGUAA